CAGAGAGGAAUCUGAGGAGGCAUAUGGCAGGCUGCUGUGCACCCCUCCCCCGCCUUCCCCUCCGCCGCUCCGCAGCAGCAGCAGCAGCAGCAGGACAGAGGUACUUCAGUUUUUGAAGCCGUGGCAUGAAUGAUCUCAUCUGAACCUGAUCUCCGCUUUCCCUGCCGUCGAUCCUAUGACCGAGACUGGAAUAAAAUAACGCCAACAGAAGGUGAGUAGGACCUCGGACACCGUUAGUCGCUUACCGCGGGUAUCUAGAGGUUUGAUUUAACGUCUUGUUCCAGUCCGCCAGCGGCAAAACUCUUGUUUUUUUACUCAGAGAAAGGAGGAAGGACCGCGGAGAAUGGGGUGGGCGCUCGGCUAAUUAGCAUGCUAACACUCCGUUUAACCCGGACCGCACGUCGAGGGCUCGUUCCGAGUCAACCCGUGAUGUUAGUUUAGUUAACGACCUUUCUAAUCACCACGUGGAUAUAAAUGUGAGCGAUCCGAGUUCGCUACUCGAGUCGGCGCUAGCCGGUUAGCCGUUAGCUCCCAGUUAAAAUGGCCUCAUUGUCACUCGGCAGUUCAGACGCUGGGAAGACAAAGCAUGCGGCAGCCACGACUGCACGCUGCCAGCUGCGCGUCUACACCCGCAGCGAACACAGAUAACCCCCGGCUCUUUACUGCGCGGCGUCUUAUCGCUCAGGUGAAGACGCGGAGCCUAAACGGCGUGGUGGUUUGUUCAUUAGUUAGUAAUAAAUUUGGGGCCGUGUGAGCGGUGGGGGAUGGGCCGCGCAGCAGCCAUUGACGUAAAGCGAGGCUGCGUUGUGUUUGGCUGAUAUCCGAGAGAAAGCCCAGAUACGCUUCAAUACCAGUCGAGAAUAACGCAACAAUUUAGCCAUAUUCACAGUUACAUCGUGUUGAUAACCGGUUACACCUGAACCAAAACCCGUACGCGGCUUGUUUGGCUUGUCACAGCGUCCCGAUGUUAAUGAUGUUGAUAUUGUUUUGCUGUUGUUUAAAUGAUAAACGAAAGUCUCUCUUGUUAUCGUGUAGAUCACCAGUCACUGCUUUAAUAGUCCAGUCAGUUGCGGACUCCUGGUAUAACACAUAACACCGGGUUAUUCAGUGAUACACGUGUUCCUUUAAUGUCGGGUAAUAAAUCAAAAUUACAAAUGAAUUGACAUGUUGCGACAAGUAGAGAUAAUCGGUUAUAAACGACUGACUAGUCGCCUCCAGCUGUGGCGCCGUCGGCUCAGCUCGCUACUUCAACGAUGAAAUGUCAAGUUUCCAAACCGCAUUUAACGGUGUUUACUACGUACAACAUUACAAUCGGACAAGUCGCGUGUACAGUGCGCGUCACCUGCCGGCAAGUUGGCGUAUUAAGACAGUCGUGACUAGCUGCUUGUCAAUAUGGUUGUAGCACAUAACUAGUGUUUAGGACAAACAUUUUGUUAUGACUGUUUACAACAGUAUAAUUACACAAAUCUGCGUGUUCAUCUAAGAUAAGCUUGCUAAGAUAGAUGUUGACUCGUCCUAGUUGUUAGUUGCAGCCCUACUGUCACUGAUCCGUGUGCUUUAGUUUAGAAAAAUCCUUCCUACAUGAUAGCUAUGAUCCAAUUCUUGAUUGAAUGAAUGAAUUUGAUCUAUUAUGUCUUUUCUUCAGGGACCUAGCACCCCUUAGUUUCUCUCGUUUAACAGGAAAAAACCAUACACAAGAAGAUACAAGAAGACAACACACAUAAUUGUUAAUUUCUUUCACUUGUGUUUUAGAUUCCUGGGCACUUCCUUAAUGUCUUCUGUCCCUUACUUUGUCAGGAAAUGUUAUUCUAUGAAAGCGGGGAGUCGAGCCAUUCAUUCCAUUAUUGGUAUGGAUCACUUGUAUGGAUUUUUUUAAUUGUAUAUUCAGAUUAUUGCAGUCCACCUGUGGUAAAUGGAGUGAAGACGGUAGUUGUGAUUUUUGCAUGUAAUGUAUGUGGGCUCGCUGAAGAAGCACAAUUAAACCAUCUCCUGUAUGGACCAUUAAGAACAUAAUGAUUUGUUCUGUAAUGGUUACUUUUUCACGUGUCUUGUACUAAUAAUUUUCAUAUUGUGUGGUGUCUUUUGAUAAGUUAUUUUUGUUUCUAAUGUCUCCUGGGUGUUUUUGGUGAAAUGUCAUUUGGAAAGGCAGCGAUUAUUUGAAAGAAAAAAAAACAUCUCAUGAGUGUGUGCAGGAGAUGGCAUCGACUCAGCUGUAGUUUUCUGUGAGAAGAAGGUCAUUCAUUUAAUGCAUUUGUAACAUAAAAUCCCUGACUGACUGUAAAAAGAAAGUCUUGUGUUGCUGUCCAAUUUUUUUAUACUAGUGUGACCGUUAAAUAAAAAUUCCACCUUCCAUUUCUGUCAGAAUGUGAUACCAAUCUGUCAAUUUGUCUGGCAAUAUCUGUUCAAGAUGAUAUCAAGCACCAAGACUAACUUGUUUUAACUGAAGAAUAUAUCUAAAUCUGAGGACUAACAUUGUCUUUUUGUUAAAAGAAAAUCUCUCCUCUGAUCAGGAAAUACACCUCAAACUAAGACGUGGAAUCUGGAAUGUUUGCAGUCAGUGUAAGCCGCUUGUAGUCUCAACUGUUUAGUGAAGCAUCUCUCUGUGAAGUCAAUUGUUAAGUGAAGAAUUACUAGCCCAAGCGCCAUGUCGCGCUCUUGCAGAGCAGCUGCUCCGACCAGAAGCAUCUGCCCGAUGGAAAAUGCAACGCCUCAGACUGUUGCACUGCUCAGGCACAUCUAUUUAUUGGAAUCUGUUUAUUUUGGGGGGGGGGUUACGGGACGUUAAACGUUGGCAGGAGGCUUGUUUCACUCCUUUUUAGACAUUUUUGUUUCAAUGGGAGCGCGUCAACAUAAGGAUGACGAUACCCCCUCCCCUCCCCACUUCAGAGAGACAAUCUUGUUCUACUAGUUCUGAGGCGUGUGUUGCGAGUAGACCUGGAAACGUAAUAUCUUUUGUAAAUAUUUGUGUGGCACGAGCAUAAAAUGGUGUUUUUGUGUUGUGAAUAAUGUUGUUUUUGCAUUUUAAGGACAUUCCUUCCUAAAAAGCUACACUGAGGAGGAACCCCUUUUAUUGAGUACAAGAUUUUGCCUAACUUGAGUGAUGUCUUUUUUUUGUGACAAAGGUCUGUCUAGUCUUACUUUGAUGCAGUGUCCACUUUCAGUUGGUAACAUGCUAUUUUCGGUGGCUCAGUGGUCUGUUAAAAGUGUGGUUGUUCCGCCCAGCAGGAGUCUUGCCUCUGACUGGCCUAAAAUGGGCAGAAAUGGUGCUGAACAAAAGCCGCUUGUCACUCGUACAAAAGUACUAGAAGCGUUGCAGCCUGGACCAAGCUGUUAUGCUAUUGCCUGUGCCUCUCAACAGGAAAGAGAGACAACAUGUUCCCCAAGGGCACCAAGCGCAAGUUCUCCGACUCUGGAGAAGAGCCAGUAUCCACUGGGGACCAGUGUCUGCCGGUUCCUGCUGCGGCAGCUCGGACGCUCUCCUCCACGUACAGUCUGCAGCGGCAGUCUUUGCUUGACAUGUCGCUUAUCAAGCUGCAGCUCUGCCACAUGCUGGUGGAACCCAACCUCUGUCGCUCAGUGCUCAUCGCCAACACGGUGAGGCAGAUCCAAGAAGAGAUGACCCAGGAUGGCACCUGGCAGAUCAUGACCCAAGCCCUGGCAGCUGCUCAGUGCCCGACCGAUCGCCUGGUAGCCACAGAGGUUCUGUGUCGGCAGACUGAUGCUGCAGCUCAGGCGCUGCAAAGCCCCAAACCUUUUGCUGUGGUGGGGCUCGAGGAAGGGUAUCACUCGGAGGAAGUGGUGAUGGAGGGCGAGGUGGAGACAGAAGUUAGCAUGUCUACAUUGUCACCCGUUUCCACGCAGUUGUCGUCCGCAUCUUACCUCGCAGCGCCCUUCGGAAUGGGGCCCUGCUGGGGCGAAGAAGAUGAGGACGGCGACUGCGAAGAGGAUGAAGAGGACAGCGAGGAGUGCUUGUCCGAGGCUGAGGAGGGGGACGGGGACCAUCCCACGGCAGACACGAGGUCAGAGGAACAGGUUUUUGGGACAUUUGAGAUCAAACACCCCGCACCACCACCUGACUCUGCGCUCGAGGAGCUCUUUUCAGAUGUGGACCCGUCCUACUAUGAUCUCGAUACGGUGCUGACAGGCAUGCAAACUGCUCCCAAAAUGGGGCCGUAUGAUUUGUUAGAGAGCCUCUCCUCUCACGCACCCGCUGCCCUGAGCUCCAGCUCCACAUGCAGGUCAGACCUGAAUGAACUGGAUCACAUCAUGGAGAUAAUCGUGGGGUCCUGAGGGUGAUCACGUCUGGGGACCCUCAUGGACCCCUACCAGACUAUGCGCAGUUCACAUGCGUGUUAUGAAUGUGGUAAUGUUACAUGCAGGCAGGAGGUUCUCUGACAAGGUGGAAACUGAAGUGUUGACCUUUUUUAUUUUAGCAAAAUAAAACUUUACAAAGCCAACGUGGCCUGUCAAUCAAACAGUUUCCCCCUUGCUGAAGAGCUCCGCCCAUGUCUGCACAGAGGCAAUGAUAAUUAACUAUACCAUGUUGCAUUCUUAUUUACAUAUUUACUUGUUUACGUCUGAUGUUCUGGCCCCACCUGGGAGCUGUUCUGUCCAUUUCUAUUUAUUCUUACAUCAACCGUGGAACAAUUCAUCACACUACACACACACACACACACACACAUCCAGAAGCAGAACAAAUUGUAAGCCCAAAUCUAUGAAUCGAUGCAUAUUUUCCUAAAGAUAUGAGGAACUAUGAAUGGAUUAUAUGUAUAUGUACGUAUGUGUAUAUAGAAAUAUAUUUUUUGCAUUAUACAGCUGGGGAAUUUUAAAAAUAUAAUUUGAUAAAAUUAUUACCGUUCCCGCCCUCGACACGGUUUUUUUAAGAUUUUAAUGUAGCCAGAGUUAAGACGGUGUCUUCCCUCGGUUUGGCAUCUUGAGUCGACUGUGUCCUGACUGACGCUCGCAAACCUUAAAGGCGCUGUUCUGUCAUUUUUCUCAAAAGCUUUACGCAGAGAGGGAAAAUAACUGCCAAUCUCCUUGUCAGCACCACUUUGGUUUGUUGACAGUGAAGUAAUAAUAGUCAUUUUCCGGCCCUGCUCGUCCGACUGAUCUCAUUAAUAUCAGCUUUUCCUGCUGCAUUUGGAGAAACCCCAGGUUGAUAACUGCAUCAAGAAGCCAUAUUGCUUUAACUCAUUUGUCUGAACUUCAAAUGAAGACUUCUCUAUGUAAACCCGUCUAAUUUAUUGUCUUUAUUUAUUGUAUUUAUUAUAUCUAGGUACAGACGAUACAAUAAUGGAUACAAAAGAACCAUCCGCCACAAAAUAAUUUCCCAUUGGUUUCAAUCCGGUUCCUAUUUAUUCUCGUCCUUAUGAGUAAUUACUGGGCUUCUAUGGCGAUCACUAUGCAGCUCUGUCAUACGCAUCUCAAAAUGAUUGUACACGACUCAAAUGUCCCUUAUUCUCUCUUAUGCAACCAGUUGCCUUCCUCAUGAAUAAAAUCCAAUGCAUUUUUGGUGAUGAAGAGACUAACUCAGGCAAACAAAUUGUAUUGACGAAAAUACAGUAUUAAGACACACUUGAUACCACAGCACUCCUGAAGGAUGUCACUCUGGUCUGAAUGGGAGCUAGAAUUUCAAAGACUAAUUACCGUUGUAAAAUGUAUGCAUUUUUUUUAUAUCGAGGAAAAACAUUGUAGCAUCUUUGUAAAUAUUUUUUAUAAUAAAAGGUGCAACUAUU